GUCGGGUUUUUCAUAGUGGGAGUGUCGUAGCUAUUGGUCGUUUAGCCGGAGGGGAAGAUAGUAGUAGUAAGGCGGGAUCUUAACUUGUGAUUCCGGAGUAACAAAACGGGAGAGAAAAUGUACGGAGGGAGUGGUGCGUCUCGCGGUUACGGACCGAACGACGGAGAGUACGGGGGUAACGGUAACAACGGAGGUCACGGAGGUGGCAAUGGUGCUAUGAACGACGGAUAUGGAGGGGGGAACGGCGGAAAUGAAGGAGGGAACGGUGGCGGAGGUACGUGGAGGCAGCAGCAAGAAUCGGCGGCGAUACAGGCGGGAAAAAUCGCGGAACAGAAAGCUGUCGAGGCGGCGCUUGUGGCAAAAACCGCCGACGCAAUGGUAGUCGAGAAGCUGCCUACGACUCGGAAGAUCACACCAUCGAAAAAGAAAGACAAGGAGCUGAUCAAAGAGACUAGACGAUACAGGAAGAAGUCCAAGAAGAUGGAAAGCUCUAGUGAGGACGCAUCCUCAACAUCCGAGGAAGACGCGACGUCAGAUACUAGCUCUGACUCCGACAUUGAUGAGCGAAGGCAUGCAAAGAGCACGAAGCGGGCACUAAAGUUGGCGCAAAAGAGGAAAGGGAAGAAGCAAGCACGAGGCAGCAAGAAGAAGGAUGAGUCCCCUGUGGGAAAUCAAGUGCAGCAUGCUCGAGGUGAAUGCUCAAAGGACAACCGAGCCGGCGUUCGAGGGAAGAGUCCGGAACUGCAUUGGGUGGAGGAACCAGUGACCCCGGUGGCAACCAAGCACAUGCUGGCGGAAUGCUCACAGAAGGGGAUGAUCGAAUAUUGUCUAUCUGCGCAUAAGCUGUAUGCGGGGGAGAAGGCAUCCGCGCUCAGGAAGAUCUGCGUAAGGGAGGGGAUUCGGUAUACCAAGAAACCUCUGAUCAUCGAGGAGCUAGCCAAGAGGCAGGUAAUGCUGGCAUAUGAUGGCUUCGACGAGGAUGUGGUCCGACGGCCGGCCAUGAUGGAUGAAGAUAGGAGGGAUGCUGCGAAGACCCCGAAGCUGACGACACCCAUCGCCGGAAGAGUGACGCCGCGACCCAGAUCUGAACGUGUCGCUCUGAGAUCCGCCCACGGAGCGCCGGAUCUUAAAUGGAUGCGAAGACUUGGACCUGAGCGUUUUGUGGUAGUUCCCCUCCUUCACAUCAGCAGGGAAGAGGACCUUGCCUUCGAGAAGCACCUCAUUCGGGAUCUAUCCCCGAGUCUGAACACAUGCGGGAUGCAGAUGCAGGGAGGGGGAGAGAGAGGACAUAGAAGAAGACGCAAAGGGAAAAGGCAGAGGGCAGGAACCGCUAGGCGGGUAAAUACGUACAAUCAGAACACUGUCAGUUUUGAGGAUGGUGGCUCGACACAUCUGUCGCUGCUGAGUUGUUUGCAGCAAGCAUGGGUGGGGAAACUGAAGAAGAAGGUGUUGACGUUUCGGAAGGGAGGAGCUUGGGUAGAUGACUUGAGGGGGAUCAAGAGGCAAUUUGGUAUGACGGAGGUGCUGUCGGGACAGUACAAGAAGCUGUUGAGGCAUGCCAAGGGCGAGCUGCAGCGGGGCGGGGACUUCGUGUUCAUCAGGAUAUGCAGGACAACAACAACAGCUGAGCGCAACAAGCAGGAGCUGCGAAGGAUUCUGAAGUCGCCGAAGAUGGCAUGUGGACUGGUUAACCACACGGUGAACAAGCUGAUCGGGAUGUACAAGGCAGCUGGUGUCAGUAUUAGAAAACGAAUUACGGUGAAGCUACCGUAUGACCCAAGGAUCAUGAGACGUGAAGUUAGGCGGGUGGCGGAAGUUUUGAUCAAUGAUAGCAUUAAGGACAGGGCUCUGGCUAGCGUCGUUAAAGGCAGGAUUCGAAUCGUUUGGACUAAGAAUAGAACUGUUGCUGAGAUCACUCACAAUCACAAGAAGGCCUCGAAUAUCCAGCCUGUUGUAUGCACCUGUGCGAGGUUCGAUUUGACGAGGAAAGACGGUCAUGUCCUUACACGGUUCGCUGAGAUGAGAGACGUGCCGACGUUCAUGCGAAACGGCUGGAACAUCACGUUCCACGAAGGGAAUAGUGAGCCAGGUUACAUUGCGCAGAGAAUCUGGGAAGCAGGGAAGCACCUGGGGCCUGUGGGGAGACCCUCGGUGGACUCUGGGCGCGUUUUCAAGGGUAAGGCCGUUGCGAUUAGAGCUUGGUCGGACCAAGAGGUGCGGGCAUGGGCGGAGAAACUCCAGGGCUUGAUUCUGGCACCAGUAGACAGAAACAAUGGCGACACGGCGGUGAUGUGCCCAAUGCUCUACAGACACUGCUUCGGUGCCACGUUCGUUUGGAACAGCAACUACGAAAAGAUGCAGGUAGAGGAGGCGGAAGUGCUCCGUGCCUACAAGAAAGAAUUCGUUGAUGAGGGGCUCGACAAGAUAGGUGAUUGGAAGCGGGAUGGGAGGAUUGGGUCUGCUUUUGUUCUACCGAAGGACAAAGAUCUGGGAAAAUGGAGACCCAUUGCUCCAUCCUUCGCAGAUCCAGCCGUGCUUGUCCAGAAGCGGGUGGCGAAGGCGCUUCACCACAUGUUGGUAACAUUUCCUGAGAGGAGUUCGAUGUGCUUGAACUCGGUGGCGGAUCUGAAGGCUAGGAUAGGAGGGAUGAAUUUCAGAUUGGGGAAGGAACGGCCAGUCGGGGUGGCGGACCGAGCACUGGUAUGCGGGGUACGUAUCAUGGAUGACGUGUCCGUCAUAGUGGGUUUUAGGGACCACGACGAAGAUGAGCACCGUGCCAUCAAGAUACUAGAUGAAUUCGAAGGGAUCUAUGAUAACCACCUGCAACUGGUUCGGAAGGACGACCACCGAAACAUGUGGCACUUCAUCGGGGGAGACAUAUACAUCACGAAGGCUCCAGCUCAGGUGUAUUUCGUGCCCAAGACCAAGAACACAGACUGCCUGAGAGAGACUGGGAAACUACACUUCCAGACUCUGCAGGAUUUUUCGUCCUUCUCAGAGAAAAGCACCAAGAAGGCUGUAAUUUCAGCAGGAUUGAGAAGGUUGUGGGAACAAUCAACCAGCAGGGCACUGGUCAUUGGCCCCAUUGCAUAUGCGACCUGGGAAGCACACCUUCGGGGAUACCCCCCGGAGGUCUCUCUCGGCGCUUUGGCCAAGUUGGCUAGAGCUGCGGACGAUCGGAUGCUGGAGGCACUCUGGAAGGCCUUUGCAAGCAUACAGGGAAUAGUGCCCAAGCGAUAUGUGGGGUAAAUGAACCUUUUUUCGGACUAGGCCUGGCCUGUGGGAAUAGUCGCGAACGGGGACCAUGAAGGUCCUGGGAACAGGCUCAUGUGAGCACGAAUUCGUGGGGACGAACUUAGGUAGGCCUAAGAUGGAUAGCUUUUGAUUGCUCUGACACGC